AGUGUAGCAAACCCGCAGCACGCAGAAGGCUGUGCAAGGUAUAGCCUUCACAGCCCAACCAAUCACCAGCAGGCGAUCAUGCAUAUCCGCGCCUGAUCCUGCCUGUCCACCACACCUCAGGUCUUGCAAUUGCCUCCUUGUUCAGCUCUGCUUUUAUAAGGCCCAUGGCUUGCUUACUUCGCUAAAGGUUUCCAGAUAGGCACGGUUGUCAGACGGCUACACCCGUUUCGCCUGUCCCAGGCUCUAAACAGCGCCUCAGCCUUGCGGUGAUAGCGGACAGGGUUGCCCAGCUGGUGGGGGCGGUGACGGGGCCGCAUCUGCAAUAAAAGCGCUGCCUUGCCUGUUCGUUAGAAGAUCCACGCUAGUGCAGCGGAAUAUACGAACGAUGGGGGUGCGGCUACUCAAGUGUGCAGAGUACCAGGUCGACUGCUCGACGCGGAAUCAGACGGUGGAAGCGAAUCCAGACAUCGCUGGCAUCGGCGUCCUCCUAGGCUUCCUCUGCACAACAUGCGUCGCCUUCCUCGUCGCCUUCUCCGUCCUCUUCCUCGACCGCUACGAAACCAUCAACACCUUCUUUCGCAAACGCUUCACAUCAUCCGGAGCCCCAUACGCCCCCGACCCUGCCCGCCCCUUCUGGCGCACCGCGAACUUCUGGUCCAGAGUCCUGAGCAAGAACCUACUCGCCCUAUCCGACACACAGCUCCUCACGGGGCUCGCCGUUCAGUUCACAGCUAUGCUGAAGCACUGCGAGCUCUCCAUCUACCAUUUCACGAUCGUAACGGAGCUGGCGUUCCUCACCACAGUUACGCACCUUCUCACCGUUGUGACCCUUAGGAACUACUUCGUCAAGAAUAGAUGGAUCAAUUUGCCGCGGAUCAUCUUCAUGCUAGGUAACCUAGCCUUGCUCGGCUACACCUCCUUUGUCUCGUAUUCCUACGACCUUGCUGGCCUAGAUCUGUCCUCCUCCCUGGCCUGUUUCUACCAGGGCGAACGGCCCCGUUUCCGCGCGGCGUUUGGUGGAAAAUGGGCUGCACUACUGGUUGGCGCUAUCGGUGGACAUGCGACGGUCAUUCUUGCUAUGUACGUCUUAACCGAUGAAGAAGGAUCAGGCAUUCCCUUUAAGGAACGUAUCAAGAACGGCGGUCCAUGGAUUUGGCUGAAGCUCAUCGGCGCACUCUUCCGCACAUGGAUUGUUGCGCCAAUUUAUGCAGUCUACGGUAUUGCUAUGGCAGGCGGUGGGCUCAAAAACACGCAGGCACUGGGCGAGGCGACCGUCACAAUCCAGGGGAGCGAAAGCCAGUGGGGAUUUGGGCAGUUUUUGCCCAUGUUAUUGCUUGCUUUGCCCGUCUUUGCGGGUUGGGAGAGCUUCUGGGAGGAGAAAGACGAAGACCGCGAAAACCGCUUUGGACGAUCGACGCGCACAUCGCAGGCCGGAAGCCGCAGCAUGCUGAACGGGUUUGAGAUGCAGAACCAGAAGAGCCCCUUGAUGAGGCAGCGAUCGCGCGAUAACUCUACGGAGGAGAGGAGGAUCGAGAGCAACGGGCCUAGUCCGAUGGAUACGCCACGGCAAAGGUCAACAUCCCGUGUAGGGGUCAGCCCACAUUCGACGUCGCCUUUCCCCAGUCCACACCUGUCGGUGCCGUCGCCGGUUACGAGCCCCCUUCUGGGGAGGUAGAGCAGUCUAAGAACGUGGUUGAGGAGUCCUUUGCGGUUUGAACGGUGGCUUCGAUGAAGCAAUAAGACGU